AUGUCUUCAAAACUCCCAUCCGUACUCAGCGCGACCGAGGAGGACAUUCAGCUCCUCCUUGCUGCCCAAUGCCAUAUCGGCACGAAAAACUGUGACAAGCAGAUGGAAGGCUACGUCUGGAAGCGAAGAUCUGACGGUAUCCAUAUCCUCAACAUUGGCAAGACCUGGGAGAAGCUCGUUUUCGCCGCCCGUAUUAUUGCUACCGUCGAGAACCCAAAUGACGUUUGUGUCAUCUCUGCUCGCCCAUAUGGCCACCGCGCCGUCCUGAAAUAUGCAGCCAACACUGGUGCUCAAGCUAUCGCCGGACGUUUCACCCCUGGCUCAUUCACCAACUACAUCACCCGUUCGUUCAAGGAGCCUCGUUUGAUCAUCGUCACCGACCCCCGCGUGGACCACCAGGCUAUCCGUGAAGCAUCUUACGUUAACAUCCCCGUUAUUGCUUUCUGCGACACCGACGCCCCUACUAAAUUCGUCGAUGUUGCUAUCCCCACGAACAACAAGACCAAGCACUCGAUCGGUCUCGUAUGGUGGCUCCUUGCCCGUGAAGUCCUCCGACUCCGUGGAACCAUCCCCCGAACAGCCGACGGCUGGAAUGUCAUGGUAGAUAUGUUCUUCUACAGAGACCCCGAGGAAGUAGAGAGACAGCAACAGGAAGAGGCUGCUGCCAAAAUCGCCGCCCAGGCCGGCGACGCAGAGGCCGCACCUUUGGAUAGCUGGGAUGUCACCUCGGCAGCACCAGGCACUUCCAUCAACCCCGCUUUGGUUGCUCAGGAUGCCGCUCUUGACUGGUCAGCAGAGCCUGCUCCUGGUGCACCCACUGAUUGGUCUGCUGAACCUGCUGCUGCUGGCGCCUGGGAGGCAACCGCCACCGGUUCUGGCUGGGAUUAA